UAUAACUUCCUUUCAGGCACUUGACUCUAUUGUCUACGAUGAUCUCUAGGUUUUGACAGCCCGAGUGGAAAAUAUUCACUGCCGAAAAUGUAUAGAUUUACAAAUCAAAUAGCAAAUCCCAGCUUAGUUUUGGUCAGAAAACAAAUUGGCGAUGGAUCAUGUUCAGCUCUUAUAGUAAUGAGAUCUCCUCAUCGGAGACAUGCGUCAGAUUCUGGCAAGCAGGCCCCAAAAUCCCGGAAGUUACUAUGGGGCACCCUCGGUGCUACACUCCUCACUGGUUCAGCUGUGGUUUACGCCAGAAAUAGCCCAGAAGCGAGAAACUGGUUAGAAUCAAACGCCCCCUGGGCUAACGAUCUAGUGGCACUUGUGUACCAGGAGAACACAACAUAUUGGAAGUCCACAGUUAACCAGUUCAAUAAAGCCACCACCACAGUGUCUAACUUCUUGUUUGGAAAGGAAGGAGUAUCGCCUAUGGAUUUCAAACAGCGAUCUCAACAAGACCUUGAAGCUGAUGCAAAGAAGGCUUUUUCAAAGAAGUCAUAUGAACUACCGCCAACGAAAUUUGAACCAUUGUAUGUUGAAGAGAAAAAGUUGGAGACUCCCGAGGUUGAGACACCAGCGACCCUCGUACAAACAGACAAGUGUGAACCACACGAAGCUCCGCCGAUCGUGAUCACAAAGGACAUGGUGGAGAUUGAACACGAAAUGCACGAGAACACCAAAAUAGCCAUCGAUAACUACAAGAAGGCUACACAGUGCUGCGCUGAUUAUAAUAAAGCUUUGUAUAAGGUUGUAGAAGCACCCUUAGAUGACUUAGACAAGAAGCAUUUCACAGCGCUACAGGGUGCUCAAAAUGAACGAGACGCUACCAUUGAGAAGGCUAAAGAGGCAUCUGCUAAGGCUAGAUGCGCUAUUGAGACCCUAGACCGCAUGAUAAAGGCGGGUGUGCAAGCUCCACCAGAGAGCAUAGCGGCCACACAGCGAUAUAUCAAACAGUUUAGAUCUGACCUCGGUACAGCUGAGGCUGAGUACAAGGAGUGUGUGGAAAAGGCUGUGCUCGGUGAUAAGUAUUGGAAUAAGGUAGAAGCAGCCCGCCAAGCCUACAAGGAGGAAUUGCAAAUGCUGUUCCCGGGAAUCGACCUCACUGCCCGCAAGUUGGAGGUCAAGGGUGAUACCGACUUACUUCUAAUGUACACUUUGAAACAGGUGCAAUAUCUACAAAACGAAAUAGCCGAGUUACAAACUUUGAGAGAUCUUAAAAUUAACAGAGCUAUUGAAUGUCACGACGAAAAGGCUAUUAUCGAAGCGAAGGUGGAAGACAUGAUUAAACGGGAACGAUUGGAGAAGGAAAAACAGUUCCAGAAACAGAGUUUAGCUAUCCAAGCCGAGGCAAACAGGAAAUUGAAAGAACAACUAAAGAAACAAUUUGAAAUCCAACAAGAAGUUUUGCAGGAUCAAUUGAACAGGAAAGAGAAAGAGGUUAUGGGUAAAUUCAGUCGCUCAGUUUCUGAGCAAGUCGAGAAAGAGAGGGUACUCUUCAAGAAGGAGUUGGCGGCUAUGGCCGGGAAGUUGAUGGCCAUUGAACAGACGCUUAAACAGCGCGCCAAAGCGGAGUCGGAGGCGCGCCGCUCGCAGUCGCUGUGGGCGGCCGCGGAGGCGCUGCACGCGGCCACGCGCCGCCCGCAAGACAACGCUGUGCUCUCGCAUGAAAUCGCCGCGCUGGAGCGGGCUGGUAAAGACGAUAAAUUAGUGCAAACGAUACUAAAAGGAAUCCCCAAGGAGGUUCGGGAGAAGGGAAUUGUUACAGAGAAGGCAUUGAGGGACAAAUUCGAUACAUUAGAAAAGACAGCCUGUCAAGUGGCGUUAGUCGGUCGAGAAGGAGCGAGUUUGCCGGUCUACUUCCUUUCGUGGCUGCAGUCGAAAUUGCUCUUCCAAAAGUUUGCCGAAAUACCCAAAGAUGAGUUGGACAACCUUCCCAUGGACUUCUCGAAAUUGGACACAUUCGACAUCAUUCAAAGGGCGAGAUACCACAUCGACCAUGGCGAUUUACCAUCAGCUUUACGCUACAUUAACCUUUUACAAGGCGCUCCUAGAGCAGUAGCAAAGAGUUGGUUAGAUUCAGCUCGAGUUCAUCUCGAGAUCAGACAAGCGGCGGAAGCUGUGAUGGCACACGCUUCUGUAUCCGGUCUAUUGUAUCUGUAGGGUUGCCAUGUGUAACGAGAAUAUUGUUAUAAAUAAAUGUUGCCGUUUAAUGGAUUUUUUUUUUGAUUUUGCCAUGUCCAAGUCGAGUAAAUAUUGUUUUUUCGAUUGGCAAUGUUUUAAAUUGGUAUUUUACUAUUUUGUAUUUACCUUUGAAUGGCAAUAAUAAUAAAUAAUAUAUGGGUUGCCAGAUGUAAUGUGUAAAUUCGAUACGGAGAUUUUCUUUCUUUGCGAAUAUGUAACUGGCAACAUUUAGGUUAUAUUUGACUAAAAUGUUGAAAUUGUAUUAAAAAACAUGGCGGGUUAUCGAUAAUAAAGAUUUAAGAAGAAUAAAUAAUUCUUGCUGUAAUUUUUUUCGAUAAUUAAUUUUUUUGUUUUGAUAAAAUUUAAGCAAACGAAAUUCAACCUUAUUGUCAAGACAGCAUAACACCAAGUUUAUAAAAUAAUUUAUUGAAGAUUUUAUUUUUAGUAGAUUUUUAAUUUGUAGAUAUGGGCUUAGUUUCAAUUACGGGAAGUGUUAAUUGCUAAAAUGACAUUUCUCAUAGGAUUUGUGUAAAAAUAGUAAAAUUACGCAUUUAAAUAGCGGCAAAGUUAAAAGCUUAAAAAUUUUACGUCAUACAAACUGUAUAGAACCGAAGUCCUUUAUUGUAGUUAUUUAUGUAAAUAUGGUAUGUAUGUAAUUAAAUUAAAGUAUGAGUUCGAA